AUGAGGCUGGCAGAGGGACAGGUCAUCCUCAAGGCCGCCGUCUGGCUGCUCGGGUUCUGGGCGCUCCUGGCUCCAGUCCAGUCUUCUCAAGGCUGCCCCUCAUGGUGCUAUGUCUCCUCAGAGGUGGUGAUUCCUAGGAAGGAGAUGCACCAUGGCAAAGGCGUUCAGGUGCCAGGCUGGCUCUCCUACAGCCUGCGUUUUGGGGGCCAGAGACAUGUCAUCCACAUGAGGCACAAGAAACUUCUUUGGCCCAGACAUCUGCUGGUGAUGACUCAGGAUGACCAAGGAGCCCUGCAGAUGAAUUUCCCCUACAUCCCUCCAGACUGUUACUACCUGGGCUACCUGGAGGACAUUCCUCUAUCCAUGGUCACCGUAGACACGUGCUAUGGAGGCCUCGAAGGGAUCAUGAAGUUGGAUGACCUCGCCUAUGAAAUCAAACCCCUCAAGGAUUCCAGCAGGAUUGAACAUGUUGUUUCUCAGAUAGUGGCCGACACCAAUGCAACGGGUCCUACGUAUAGACUAGGACACCGGGAGGUCAUAGACCCCCUCUUCUCUGUGGCAAACACCAGUGGGGCACCCAGAAUUUCUAGUAAGACCUACUCUUUCCAUUUAACCACUAUGAAAGGUCAAAUUCAAGCUUCCAAUUCAAUGUAUCGUGAAUACAACAAUAUUACAGCUUGUGCCAUGAUGCUUCUCAACUUGGGUAGUCUCAUUGAUAGCUAUCUUCAAUCAAUUUAUGGAAGGUACUAUAUUUUGUUUAUCAACAUAUUUAAUGAACGUGAUCCAGCUGUGCUGAAUGACUUUAGAGUGCCAGGUGGUCCAUUUCAUCAAUAUUAUAGAACAGCCUUUUUUGAUGUUUUUCGUCCCGAUACAUCCAUAUUACUUAUGAGAAAUGGAAUACAUGAAGCUGACUUUCAGCCAUUUUUGUAUGGUAUUUGCUAUGAAAAGAACCUAGUCUAUACUAGUGCUUUUGAUAGACAUUAUUUAUUGGUAUCUGUUAUAGCAACCAAUCAGAUUGCGUGAGUUCUUGGACUGUACUACGAUGUGGCCAGUGAAGGAGGAACCUGCAUCUGCCAGAAAAGGACCUCCUGCAUCAUGAGUCGAUUUCCUGGACUGACGGACAGGUUCAGUAAUUGUUCUUAUUUUCAUUUACAAAACGUAUUAAGUAAUCUUGGCAACUGUUUAUUUGCGAAUGUUUGGGAGGGUUAUAAUAAAAGCCUAACAGAGACUCGUUGUGGAAACUUUGUAGUGGAGGGCACUGAGCAAUGUGACUGUGGCUCCUUCAAGCACUGUUAUGAAAGUCCAUGUUGUACUAGUGAUUGUCAGCUGACACCUGGAAGUGUGUGUAAUGCAGGAGCUUGCUGCACGAAUUGCACCUACUCUCCUGUUGGGACUCUCUGCAGACCUAUCCGAACUGUAUGUGAUCUUCCAGAGUACUGCUUAGGCACCAUCAUCACAUGCCCCGAAGACUUCUACAUGCAAGAUGGAACUCCGUGCUCUGAAGAGGGUUACUGCUACACAGGAAAUUGCACUGACCGCUCUAUGCACUGCAAAGAAAUCUUUGGUGAAGGUGCUCAGAAUGCUGAUGAGACCUGUUAUGAUAUAAACGUUGGGGCUGAUCGAUUUGGACACUGUAGCCGACAAGAAACUGAAAGAAAGUUUGUAAGUUGUACUACUGAAAAUAAAUUAUGUGGGAGGCUGCAAUGUACCAACAUCACCCAUCUUCCGCGGUUGCAAGAGCAUGUUUCAUUCCAUCAGUCUGUCAGACAUGGGUUCUCCUGCUUUGGUUUGGAUGAGCACCGUGGCACAGGUGUACUUGAUGUCGGCCGUGUGAGACCAGGUACUCCCUGUGCUCCCGGAAAGUUAUGUAAAAACAACCAGUGCAAUGAGUCUAUGGCUGAGCUGAAUUACGACUGUGUCCCUGAGAAAUGCAGUUUUAGAGGAGUUUGUAACAAUAAGAAAAACUGUCAUUGUCAUGUGGGCUGGGACCCUCCACUGUGCCUCAAUAAAGGUGCUGGUGGGAGUCAAGACAGCGGACCCCCUCCGAGAAGAGUGCGCUCAGUAACACAGAGCAAGCAAGCAUUGGUAUAUUUGAGACUGGUCUUUGGUCGUUUUUAUGUCUUAAUAGCUGUACUGCUUAUUGGGGUGGCCACAAACGUGCGAUCUAUAAGUACCACGAGGGUUAAGGAAGAGACAUAUUCUGAGCCUGAAGGUCCACGUUACUACCUACAAGGACAUGAGCCACCAAGUCAGGGUGUGCUGCACCUGAAGCCCCUGUCAUGUGGUCUCUCCCAGUUCCAUCGCCGUGGGUGA